GUAUGUAUCUAUUUCAGCAUAUAAGUUAGCCUGAAUAAUACUACUAUUAAACAUAUAUGGUACUGUGAUCACUUUGUCUCACCUUCUAAAAGAAAACACCAAGUACUCCACACAUCAACAACAAACAAAAGCAAGUACUCAAGAGAAAUAUAUAGCUAGCCAUCAUACAUCAGAACAAGAAAAUAAUUGUGUGAUAUUUAUUUUGAUAUCAUGGAAGUUGUGAGCCUUCUAGGGGAGAUGAAGGGGAAGAUGAACUUCGAGGAGACCGAGCUCCGGCUCGGCCUCCCCGGAAAUAUCAGCAAACUGAAGAGCAAUAUUGUCAAUUCUGGUGCAACAAAUGUUAAUGGGAAAAGAGGUUUUGCUGAGGCUGCAAAUGUGGAUUUGAAGCUGAAUCUUGUUUCGUCGAAAGGUGAUGGUGAGAUUGUGGAUCAGGCUGCAGAGUCUGAGGAGAUCAAGAAUCUUCUUGGUGGUGCUGGCUCUACUGAUUCAGUUGUGAAGCCUCCAGCCAAGGCACAAGUUGUGGGCUGGCCUCCAGUGCGAUCAUCAUACCGAAAGAACAUCAUCUCACUCCAGAAAGCAGCCACCAAAAAGGGUGAUGAGGAGAAUGAGAAAGUGAUGAGCAGUCCCAUGGGCGCCACCUUUGUGAAGGUGAGCCUAGAUGGUGCACCUUAUCUUCGAAAAGUGGAUCUCAAGAUGUACAAGAGUUAUCAAGAACUCUCUGAUGCCUUAGGCAACAUGUUCAACUCUUUCACUAUCGGUAAUUGUGGGAGCCAAGGGAUGAUGGAUUUCAUGAACGAGAGCAGGCUGAUGGAUUUGCUCAAUAACUCUGAUUAUGUUCCUACUUAUGAAGACAAGGAUGGUGAUUGGAUGCUCGUGGGCGAUGUCCCUUGGGAGAUGUUUGUGGGUUCUUGCAAGCGCUUGCGCAUAAUGAAAGGAGCCGAAGCAAUAGGCCUUGCACCAAGAGCCAUGGAGAAAUGCAAGAACAGAACCUAAACGUCUACAGCAAGCGCAGGGAUAAUGGACACUUCAGGUUGUUACUUAUGUAUUUCAGCACUAUAUAUGGUUUGUAAUAUCGUAAUUAAUUAGCGUGAGAUUGAACUAAGUAAAAUAAUAUUGGAUUUCAUGUCAGCUUGUCUCGGUCAAACUCGAACGUACAUCAUUGUGGUUUGCUUAAUAAUGUUCAUCAAAAUAUCCCCUUGCUUGAAUGAAUAUUUUUCUAUA